CGUAUCUGUAUACAAACGUGAUGUCUUGAUCUUGACCUUUUCCAUGGUGAUAUUUGUAGUGGUGUAUCUCGAGAACCGAUGGUGUAUCUCGAGAACCUGAUUUGGGACAUUUGAUCCUUAGCUUAUAACAGGGAAUUCUUUUCAAACAAUGAGCAAAAAAAAAAAAUAAAAAUAAAUAAAUAAUAAUAAAAAAAAAUAAAUAAAAAAUAAAAUAAAAUAAAAUUAAAAAAAAACAAACAAACUUCUAUGGUCUAUGUUUUUCCUUCUCAGCUCCGUAUCUCGUUCUCUUCGUGUCUGUUAUCUAGAAUGUCGCGAUAACUAGAAAAUGACAUAAACAUAAAUAACGCAUUUUGUCAACUCUAUCAAGCGUAAAGGUUUUGAUAGGUGGAAGUUUUUGAAUGUCACGAUUCUCAUUUGGGUUUUAGAGAAAGGUGAAAACCCUAAUUGAGACAUUCCGUGACGUCACAAGUCAGUGAUCGCUGGUUGGCCAAUGCCGUCUUCCGCUCUCAUGACAGACUACUCCACUGGAUAAAUAGAGGCCUGAAUACCACCACAGACACCAGUGGGCAGAAGAAAUGUUGGGUUCACGUGGUAUAAAAAAAUGGAUUAGGAAUUCUAGGGCGACAAAUGGCAACUGUAAACAAGGAUUGUUAAUCAUUCCCAACCGGUGACAGUUAUCUGUAGCUUCAUCCGGGAUGUCGACGUAGUCGGGCGAAUGUAAAAGUUACUUUGACUGGUGAAGGAAGAAGGUUCACACAAUUUCAUUGGAGGUCGUAAGAAAAAGGAGAGCGGCUUGUCAACAGACCAUUUCGUUAUUGACUGCUUGUACUGAGACGUUCCCCCGCACAGGGGGGAUAAGAGGCAACGUGCGACCACUGCGUCACCAGUUCACGACACACAGACAGCGGCGGUAGGCACAACUCAAGUCUCACCCUCUGGAGACUAGGAACUUUAUUUUGAAGGAAAAUAUCGUCGACUGAAUCUCGAACACCAUGCUGUACUUACUAGUCUUAGCCGCCGUUCUCGUGGAAACACCAGAAACAGCAGCGACGACAGCCGGUAACCUGCUGCCGCCUGGCUGGGAUAAAAUAUGUUCACAAACAGCACUGGCCGCCAAUGACCUCAACGCCUCGUUUGAAUGCCACGUGACUAGAACAGCUCCAAUCAAAUGGCAGCUUGCAGAUCUUCGGAUGUCUUUGGGUUCUUUUCCUGCGGAAAGUGUAAAGGUGUCCAUUGACGUCACAUGUGAACAUGGCGCUAACAUCAGUCUGCCCUGGCCGAUGAGUGCACCCGGUCUCGUGGAGCUAAAGGUAAGGGACUGCACUCUGCUGGACAAGUACGCUGAUUUUGGGAAGUCUGCAGUGCUGCUGCGCGAUCAUCUGCGCGUGUUGGACAUGCGCAAUUGCGUCUGGCUAAACGGAGAAGACAUUUUGAUCUCCAACCUGCUGGAGAACCUUACCAGCGAAUAUAACUGCGGCCAGGACAGUUCUAUCGAAAAAUACAUCUACAGGAACAUCAGUGACGCUUUUACCAGCCUCGAAAAUCUUCCGUUGCCCCCCAGUGUUCACACGGAUGAAAAGCUUACCUCCAGUUCUCCCGACACGCCAGGAAGACGAGCCUACUCAACCACAGCCGCCCCCGACGUCGGUCAGGAUUUUAAGGAUAUUUUGCAGAAGGUUUUUGACAUUGACUCACGCUGCAAUUAUGAAAAGUUGGAAGUACUUGAUGAGAGCGAAACCAACGCUUUUCCUGUACACGCGUUCGAACUUAUGGUGUUUGGAGCCAAGUAUCCGAGUCUUCGCAUUAUGAAUUAUAGCUACAUUGGCUUGCGUGGGGUUCCCCAACAACUGAAGGAAUGGCCGAGGUAUUUUCCUAAACUCGAGCUGAUCGAUCUGUCACGUAACCGAAUUAGUGACGUCACCUUCGAGUUUCGUUAUCCCAACCAAGUGGGUAUGACUCUUUGUCUUCAGUACAACAAUAUCACCAAAAUCUCUUUGGACAUCCUCAACAAUUGGGCGCGUAUCCCUAACCUUUAUGUUGAUAUUCGUCAUAACCCCAUCGACUGUAAUUGCGACCUUGGCGACUUUCUGGUUCAGCUGAAGAACGAAACGGCGUGGGAGGGAUCGGCCAUGAACUAUUACCUUUCAUACGUCCCUGAUCUCACGUGCUUCACACCACGGGUGCUGAAGGGUCGGAGGCUUGGUUCUCUCUCGCCGAAUGAUCUAACUUGUCCUGUGGCUCAAGCUGACCUUCGACCCGCGUUGGCCGGUCUUGUGGCUGUUGCCGUUGUGCUGUUGGUGCUCCUGGUGUUUGCUGUGCGCUACCGUCGCGAGGUUCGCAUCCUUGUCUUCACGCGCGCCCACGUGUUGCUGCCGUGCGGCCUUCCGCUGGCGAACGUGGACGUCGGUCUGGCGGGUGGCAAAACCUACGACGCCUUCGUGGCCUACGCACACGACGACAGCGAGUGGGUGCUGAGGGAGCUGUGUCACAGGCUGGAGAACUCCUCCACUAAAGCCAGACCAGCGUGCAAACUGUGCAUCCACCAGCGAGACUUCGUGGUGGGCAAAACCAUCAUCGGCAACAUCAUCGACAACAUCGCCGCUAGCAAGCACAUCAUUGUCGUCGUGUCGCCCAGCUUCGUCAAGAGUUCUUGGGCAUUGCAAGAACUGCGACAGGCUCUUCGCCAGAGUCAGGAAGACCCAUGUCGAAAUGUGAUUUUGGUCAUGCUGAAAGAAGUCGAACCGUCGAGUAUGCCUCCUGUUCUGACGAGAUGCUGCAAAGCCCUUACUUGUCUAGAAGCUAGCGACGCACUCUUUUGGGACAGACUCCAAUACUCACUUCAUGUCACAGAGAAGAAGAAAAUUAAGCUGGAUGAGAACGACUGCAGCAACGAUGAAGACCAAGAGACAAAAGAUGACGUCAUCACAGAUGGCGGUUGCAAUGAGUCUGACGAUAAGACCAUCGACGGGCGGUUGGCAAAGAGUUUAUUUUUAGAAACAAUGCGCACGAUCUCGGUAGACAGCGCCACCUCUUUCAACGAGGAACAGAAACUCGUGACACCACAGUAAAUAAUUAUGUAUGUGCGACUUUGUUCCUUAUUAGUGAGACAUUUCUUUCAUUUUGGAAGACAACGACAUUGACGAACGCAAUAUUGUACAACACAUACAGCUCGCAGUACAUAAAGGUAAAAUACAGCGCAAUACAUUACAACAUAGUUUGUCAGUUGCAUAAAAUUCAAUGAGAAUUUGCAAAGAUAAUCAAAAUAAGAGAUAAAUGCUACAUCUUCAACAACAGUUUGAGUCAGACGCCAUACCUGACUUGUCUGUGAAAUCGAUUCCAGUUACUGAUACCUUCUAGUCUCAGUUCACUUUUACAUAUUUUAAAUCACCUUUAUAACUUUGUUUAUACAUAUAUAUGUAUAUAUAAUUUGUACACUUUGAUGUCUUCGCUGUAUGUUUGCACCUCUGUGCACACUGGGUAACGAGAUUUGAGUAAAGCUUUAAGCUUAUGCAAGCUACUUUUUUUUGCAAACACAUUUGGAUUUAAUUCUUUGUAUGUGCUAUUGUUUAAACUUUUGCUAUAAUGUUUUAGUGUAUAAGUGUGUACAUGCAUUCUGUUAAGUACUUCUGGUAAUAAAAAAAUGUAAAAGGUUAUAUAAAGUACUUUAACAGCAACAACAAACAUUCCUCUCCACUAGAUUUGCUCUUUUGACCAGUUUCUCCGUAGUACUUCAGGACUGGGCACUGAAACAGACCCCUUCCGGCUUCGGCAUCUUCCCUUGUAUCGGUAGAAUUAAAACGCAAUUGUUUUAAGUGCAAGUGGGCAAAAAAAAAAAAAAAAAAAAAA